AUGACCGACUCCCGCGACACUGCCAUCCGCGACGCCAAGCGAUUCGUUCGCGAAGUCGUUCGCAACGACUGGGAAUUCACAGCUGACCCAGAUGGCAAGAACUACAUUUCAUUGCCGCCUUCAACCCAUCCGAUCAAUGCCCUCUACCAGAACCGUGAAGUUUCAGAAUGGCGAUGCCGAGAAUUCGACAGCUCUGGCUCAGAGCUUGAACCACCAUCAUCAGACGACGAUUCUGAAAGCGAUUCGGUCAGGAACCCGGGCGACCCUGACCCCCGGCGCAAACGCCGUCGCCAGAUGGAUGAGGAAAUGACAUGGAACGAAGGGCUAAGGAUGUGGAUGGCGAGGCGCGAUAUAUGGUCUGGAGCUAGGACACGGCGGGAGAUUCGAGCACAUGAAAAGAAUCAGGCUUCUGUAAAUACUCAGAUAAACAAUUUGGGGCAGGCUGAUGCGAAUAGCUUGGAUUCUGGUGUUGGUGCUGGUGCUGGUGCUGAUACUGCAUCACCCCAGACUCCGUGCGCUGGGUCUUCCCCGCACUCGGAUCACCAAAGUCAAAAUGGCAUCAUUGACGCGUCGGGCUUGGCCAACAAAACUGAGGCAUCGCUGUCAAUUGCAGAGCGGGAGAAAAAUGACGACCUUCAACGUCGACAGGAUCAAGAAGAAGAAGAACAUUCUACUGCUCCAGAUGAAGAAAUCAAACGCAAGGAGUCUACCGAAUCAACUGGCAUUACGGAACCGGAUUCCCAUGCCGCGAAUGGCCCUGAUCUGAUCAAAUUUCCUACUAUUGACGACGACGACGAGAUAGAGUCGGACGAAGAAUACGACGAGCCUCUUAUUCCUGUCGCCCCUCCCUUCAUUUCAGCCGACAAUCCUGUUCGCGCAAUCAUAACCCCUUCUAUCUACCCCUCCAUCUAUACAAAAGUUGUUGUACAGGGGAUGACACCUACCGUGCCCGUUAAUUUGGCCGAUUUGACCAAGGCAAUGGUUCAGGGUUGGAAAGCAGAUGGACAAUGGCCACCCAAGCCGGCUGUCUCGAACAUCGUCCUUGCCGACGAUUGCAGCGUGCCGAAGAAAAGUUCGGACAACGCCGACGGAAACCCCCAGUCAAGGCGGAAGAAUAGUAUCACAAACGCUAUGCGUAAAGUGUUCCAUCUUGGCUCGCAUCCGUUCCACCGACGUGGUUCUAGUCAGGAUGCUGGAAAUAGCGCUACGACGGGUAAUUCUGGUUCCGUCAUUUAG